CGCGCACGCGUGCAAAACCGUGUGGGAAUGGCUGUUGUGUGACCGGGGGUUGGGCCGCUAGGAGCUGCUAGAGUUUGUAAUGUCCGCCAUGUUGGCCAUGGCGUAUUGAACCAGGGAGAGCGGAGCCUCGGAAAAAAGAGACCGACAGUGAGCGAUCAAAACCCGGGCCUUCCCGGCUCCGUUCGCAUCUCCAUAUACCUACCCUACUACCAAUCGAACGGUUGACUUCUGGCGAACAUCGCAGAUCCAUCCAUGAGAACUCAAAGCAGUACUGUUGUGAACCUUAGGUUAUCGGUUAGAUUAAUGCUGAAUCUUACAUUAUAAAAAAACAUGAGUAAAUUGUCGUUUCGGGCACGGGCGCUGGACGCUACCAAGCCUCUACCCGUCUUUCGCUGCGAGGACUUGCCAGACCUGCACGAAUAUGCCUCUAUCAAUCGGGCAGUACCGCAAAUGCCAACUGGGAUGGAGAAAGAGGAAGAAUCGGAGCACCAUCUCCAGCGGGCCAUCUCUGCACAGCAGGUGUACGGGGAGAAACGGGACAACAUGGUCAUCCCCGUCCCCGAAGCAGGGAGCAACAUCGCCUACUACGAGUCCCUCUACCCCGGGGACUUCAAGAUGCCAAAGCAGCUCAUUCACAUACAGCCUUUCAGUUUGGAUACAGAGCAGCCGGACUACGACCUGGAUUCAGAGGACGAGGCAUUUGUGAAUAAGCUGAAGAAGAAGAUGGAGAUCACCUCUCUGCAAUUUGAGGAGAUGAUUGACCGGCUGGAGAAAGGCAGUGGCACACAGCUGGUGAGCCUGCAGGAGGCCAAGCUGCUGCUGAAGGAGGAUGACGAGCUGAUCAAGGAGGUGUUUGACUACUGGACGAGGAAGCGAAAAAACUGUAAGAGUAGCUCACUCAUCCCCACUGUGAAGCAGGAGAAGAGAGACGGAUCCAGCACCUCAGACCCCUACGUGGCCUUCCGCAGGAGGACUGAGAAGAUGCAGACCAGAAAGAACCGUAAGAACGACGAGGCUGGGUAUGAGAAGAUGCUGAAGCUGCGGAGGGACCUGAGCCGAGCCGUCACCAUCCUGGAGAUGAUCAAGAGGAGGGAGAAGAGCAAGCGGGAGCUGCUACACCUCACCCUGGAGAUCGUAGAGAAGAGGAACGGCAUGCCUGACUACGGUAGUGAAGUUAUGGCAGAGGCCCUGGCCCAGAGGGCCCUGGUAAAGCCCGUCUACACGAUACCCAUCAUUCCCCUCUCCAACAGCAACCAGUACCGCCACCAAGACCACAUGGACAUGAAGGAGUACAAAACUAAACCGGAGAAGACUGAGGUGGUCAGAACGAAGAGGAAGUACGAGAAGAAGCCUAAGAUCCCCCCUCUCUCUGCACCCCAACACUCUGGCCCCUCUGUGUUCAACCCCAAGGACCUCAACCAGUAUGACUUCCCCAGCUCUGACGACGAACCCUUCUCACAGAUCCAUUCAGGUUCCUCGGAGGCAGAGGAGGAGAAUGACCCAGAUGGCUGCUUUGCGUUCCGGAGGAAGGCCGGCUGUCAGUACUACGCUUCUCGUCUGGACCAGAGUGGUAACUGGCCGUGGGUCAGUCCCUCUGGGGGCGGUUUGGGCGAACCUCACUUCCGCUACUGCCUCACGUCCCUGACGGUGCCCCGGCGCUGCGUAGGGUUGGCAAGGCGACGCACGGGCAGAGGGGGCAGAGUUUUGCUGGACAGAGUGCACACAGAUCUGGACAAUAUUUUCCACAGCCUGGACUCGGACCCCGAGACCGAACCACUUCAAGCCUCAUCUCCUCCCACAAGCUCUCCUCUCCGCAGCGCAGCGCCUGCCAGUACCUCAGACACCAAUACCUCGGACCGAACCAACAACCACCACCCCUCUUCUUCCUCUCCGUCAUCUGUGGACCUCAGUGAGAUUCUGUUGAACAUUAAGUCGGGCCGCUGGAGGCACUUUAGGCCGCGGACGCUAUCCCAUCACCCCCUGGGUGGUGACAUCUCACGCUACAGAGGAUUUAGAGGAUUUACACGGAGUACGUCCUUGGGACAGAGCAGGCUCUUGGGGAGUGGAGCUAACGCCCUACCCCGCACUGGCCCAGGAGCUACACCCGUUACUGCAUUCACAGCAGAGCAGUACCAACAGCACCAGGAGCAGCUGGCCCUGAUGCAGAAACAGCAGCUUGAGCAGAUCCAACAGCAGCAACAGGCACAGCAGCAACAGGCACAGCAGCAACAGGGGCAAAACACAGACCCAUCCUCUACUACUACAUCCACAGCACCACCACCCAACACACAGUGUAUAAUAUCUAAGACGUUAGACUCGGCCAGCGCCCAGUUUGCUGCCUCUGCCCUGGUGACCACGGACCAGCUGAUGGCCUUCAAGGGCAAGGAGGAGGGGGUUCUGGGAACUGGCGUCAACGGGGUCUUUCCAGGCUCAGGAGUGUACAAAAGCUUACACCUCGCCAGCACCACCACCCACACCCACCACCCCAACACCAACCAGACUCCCACUCCUCCUCCAUCAGCCCCCACUUUCCUCAAGCCCUCCUCCACCACUACAUCCCCUGUCACCGCCUCCUCCCUCAGCUCCCCAGCUAACGCCCACGGGAAUCCCCUCCACUUGGGUAGCAACGCUGCCAACUCCACCCCCACCACCACUCAGGUCCUGAUAGGGAACAACGUCCGUAUGAGCGUACCCUCCUCCCCUGUCCUCCCCAGUCUGGGCGGCACCACCACGCGCCACAGCCACAUACCCAGGGCUCUGGGAGCCUUGCCCUCCUCUGCCUUAAAGAUGGCUGCCAACACCAACUGUCAGAUGCCCAACAAGGUCACCGGGGCUUCUACCAUGGACAUAGGAUCCAGGGAUAAUCACGAUCAAGAAAAACCAGCUCUGAACAGUAUAGCGGACAACACAGUGGCCAUGGAGGUGACGUAGCAGAGUGGUGGUGGUGCUGCUAGCUACCAUGACAGUCCAGCCAGGCCCAACGCUACCCAACCCUCUGCUGGCCAACCAGUCCUCUGCUGAGAGUCUGCUGCUACUCUCUGAAUCCACUCUUUAGGUGCUGUGCAUCGUAGCAUUGGGAAUGCAAAAGGGACGAUAGGCGGGUGGUCGGCGGGACUCCACACACAUACACACAACGGACUACAUACGGAGUACGGACAGACACGUUUCCACGGCAACUGUGGGGAUUACAUGGGUUGCAAUUCUCAUCUCUCAUGCUUUUUAAAUGUUUUUGUUUUUGUAUUCGUUACUGUUAAUAAGAGUAAAAAUUGACAUUGUGUAAAUUAUGAAUAUGGCAAAUUAGUAUCUGUACAGUAACUAAAUAUUUGUAAUACCCCCCCCUUGUAUAUAUGUUACUUGAAUACAGAAACUUGUUUUAUUUGUGAUGUUUUGCACUUGGGAAUAAAAAUAAAAAAGCGAUAAACUUG